AUGCCGUCGUCACUGACAGCAGCUGCACCGCCGGGUGCGGCGACUGCGACUCUGUGCAGUGUGGCUGUCGAUGCGCCACCGAGCCACGCUACUCUUGCCCCAACGUCAGCGUCCAGCUGGCUGGACGCUGACCCUUGUCGUUGUCUUAGCAGCAGUGGCGACGCCGUCGAGUGCAUCCCCUCUUACGAGAUGCUACUUGGCGCCAUUCGUGGCGCACACACGCCACAAGGACCGCCUCCGCUGGAAGGUGCCCGCUCGUGCUCGCGGUCAUCCAGCAGCAGCGACGCCAGCCACGGCAACCUGUUCCCUUCGCGGGCAGCAGGGGGUGGGGGGUGGCAGUCGUGCCUUGACCCCACCCGCGGUGGUGCGAGCUUCCAAACAGGGGCCUCGACGCCGCCUGCGCCGAGUGCGAAGCGGCGGUUCAGAGACAGCGAGGCGGAGGACGGAGGCAGCCGAGCUGACUCCUGUUCUUCAUGGCCGCAAGCGAAGCGCCAGCGUGGCGGAGAAGCCACUGUUGACCGCCUCACCGGUGCCCUCCCUGCUCCUCCUAUGCAAGAGGGAGGCAUGCGUGACCCAGGCGGUGCGGCCAGCAUCUGCGGUGGCGGCGACGUGGAUGCCCGACCGACUCUUCAUGCGUUCUCCUCCGAGGACGACGGGGACCCUUGGAGCGCGCGGGGCGGCGUUUGCGGCUUCCUCACCCCGCUGUCGACGAAGCUGCUGUGCCUACCUCCCGUGGCGUUGAUGCCGCUGCCGCCAUUACAGCAUCUUCACGCGCGUGCGUGCCGUCCAGCGAGUUUGCUUGAUAGAGAGCAUGCUGUACCGGCUUGGCAGGUACUGGCCUCGGCGCCAACAACGGCUGAGGAGGAGCAGAGGGAGGGACUUGGCCGUGUCGCGUCGACAUCCAGCAACACGACUCUGUAUACCCCUGCCCGGGGCAACCUGCACCUUCGCAGUGCCGUUGACGACGCCAUCGUCUAUUCGCCACUGACGCUGGAUGACAUCAGUCCCAUUUUGUGUCUCUCCGAGGAACGACUUGCGCACCGUCGGAUGCGCGUGGUGGAGUUCGACAGGCGCCCGUCAGCCGAGGUGGACGACGAGGAGCACCGAGCGGGCGAAGCGUUUGUCGGAACAUCGCCGUCGACUCCACCUCAUCCAUUUCGUGCGCUGACACCCGGCGAGAGUCGUGGGGACGAGGAGGACAUGAGCGGUAUUGCGCCGGAUCUGCCCACCCAGUACUCCGCAGGCGGCGCCUGCUUUCUUCAUGAGGAGGCACUUCGGCUGCUCACUGUCACGUGCGAGGACGAACAUGGCCAUCUGCUGCAGUGA